AUGGGUGAAGGUGCUGAGCAUAUAUUUGGUGCAUUAAGCAGUCGUGGUAGAAGGGUCACAUGGGACCUGCUGCUGGGGAUAAGUGCAAACAGAAAUAUAAAAGAUGUACAUUUAGACAUCAGUGGAAUAGAUCUGCCAGCUCAGGGAGCUCAAUGUUUCAGAGUUGAUAUACAGACACAGAUCUUAUCAAUGUUCUCAACACUAUAUCUCACUAUUACAGGAUUUACAGACAUAGAUCUGAUCAAUGUUCUCAACACUAUAUAUCACACUAUUACAGGAUUUACAGACACAGAUCUGAUCAGUGUUCUCAACACAAUAGGACAGAACAAACAAAUACAGCAGCUGUCCAUGGGUGGAGUCUUUAAAAAUAUCAAACCAAAAAAUCUCAAAGGUGUAAUGGAACAACUUGUAGAAGUUUUACAAGAUGAAGAAUCUGUGAUAGAAUCUGUGUCACUGUCUGACAGCAAACUGAGAGACAGUAUGAACAUGAUCAUCAAUGCUCUCGGCAGUAAUACCUCACUUACUGAGAUAGAUAUCAGUGGAAAUCAGAUGGGAGAUCUUGGAGCAAGGAUGUUGUCAAAAGCUUUACAGAUCAACAACAAACUGAAGACCAUUAUUUGGGACAAGAACAACACAACUUCACAGGGAUUUGAAGAUGUUGCAGAUGCCCUGGAGAAGAAUUUCACGCUGAGGAAGAUGCCUAUGCCAGUACAUGAUGCCAGUAGUAACCCAGAGAAAGCUGAACAAGCCUUACAGAGAAUUGAGAGAUUACUUCAGCGAAAUCACAGCCCACAGAAAUACUCGUCAGAUCAGGCAUACCGGUUACAGCAGGGAUUUCUGAUCAGCUCAACACAACAGAUGGUCGAUAGAUUGGUUGUACAAUCGCAGGAUACAAUUAACGCAUUGGAAUCUAUGAAUGCCCUUCAGCCAUGCAGCGGGGAUGUAGAGACUGCAAAGUCUUUAAUAACCGAUGCUGACAACUCUAAAACAUUGUUACCUAGACUACAUGAUAUUGCCAUACAGUCACAGAACACCAAUAGCCCAGUAGCUCAGAAACUAAAGGAAAUCUCAGUGGAACUUACAAAGGUCUUGGAAUCUCAGAUGAAAAAAACAGUGCAAGAUAUGUUGGAAGCAACAACUAAACAGUGCAAGGCCUUGAUGAAAGAUCAGGCAUUUCUGUCAGACCUACAAUCUGGUUGUGGAGAGAAGAGUGCCUUGCCAAAAGAUUUCACCAGUAAUAUCCUCAAUGAUGUUGAUACUGAUAUCUUCAACAAACUUAGUGAGCUCAAUCUCGCAGUUGCAGCGCAUGUAUCUGACAGAGUUAUUGAUGAAGUCAUAGAACGUCUCUCUUUCUCUCAUAAAACUUUGACCAAUCACUUGAAUGAACGGAAGAAGGACGCUGGUCGACGAAGUCAGGUGACCGAGUCAAAGAAGCUUGACCAGAAUGAGGCUAAUAUUCGCAGUAAAUCUCCACAGCCAAUAUUACACACACUCCAUGUGGAAGCUUUCAGGGACUCUCCUAAAAUGAAAGACAAGAGGAAGAGUAUGCAUGCAAGAAAGAUACGUCCCCAGUCGGUUGUUGACAGAGAUCAUAUUCGGCUUGCUUUGGAUGCAGAAAAAACCCGACCUACAACAGUUCCUCAGGCAACCAGGACUGGUUCAAGGUCACCCAAAAAUAGGUCACCGAAAUCACCAAGGGCAAAAGAUAAAUCUCAGGAAAAAGAAAAUCUCAAAACUGAAACAGUACCUAAAAAGGCACCAAGGUCAUUGAAACCUACCUCAAGGUCGCCAAAUGCAUCACCUAGGUCAAAUUCUCCAGUGCCCACUAUUUCGGUGACCUACACAGAUGUGGGUAACCUUGAUCAAGGUCAUGACCCCUUAUAUGACAAUGUGACCCCAGAUAGGAGGCACAAGAAGCAUAGUGGCGAUGAAAGGGGAUUGCGGGGUUUGUACGAUAUGUCUUUGAAUGUAGUGAAUGUGGAAUGCGGAUUACAAAACAUAAUUUGAUAGGAAUAAAGAGUGAUGCAUGGGUGCUCAGGAAAUGAACGAAGUGCUUCUAAAUAUUUGCAGGGAAUGCUGAUUUAUAAUAGUUACAGCAUUUUGAUGCAUCUAGAUAGAUGAUACGUGGAAUUCUAAUAUUUGGCUUUUUUUAUUGCUGCACAGUCAGUAUGAUAUCUCACAUAGCCCUGGUACAGAACACUGGUUUAGAAACUAUGAAGAAACUGUUUUAAUUAUUUGUUCCUUUGAUAGAUAAGAAAACCUAGAAAAAUUAGAAUUCUGAGUAUAUCUAUCAAUUGAUGGAUUUUCAUAUUGUUUUUCAGGAUUGGAACAUGCAUUUUUCUUUUAGUAUAUUAUCUUUAUGUUAGCAUGUAAAAUGUUUAAAGCACUGCAUGUAAUUUCUGGUUUAUAGUCAACAAUAUUUCUGUCUGUGUAGAAAAUCUUGUAAGAUAGGGGCCAGAAAGAGUGUAUCAGCAAUUUAGGUGCCAUUUUGCGUACUGCAAAAGUAUUGCAUUCAACUUAAAAAGAAAACAUGGUCAGUUUGAUUUACAUUAGGUUGAACGUUCAUGUUAUUAAAAAAAAAAAAAACUUAAAUAUGCAUCUUUGAAUUAUAUGGAAUUUUACGCUUAUGAAUAGCUAUAAUUAUAAAAGAACAUGUUUCACUGUAAAAUAGAUCAGAAAUUUGCACUGUAAAUGUUUUGCAUUCAGUUCACAAAAAAGUGAUCAUUUUGGUUUGGAUGAGGUUGAACAUGCAUGUUAAUAUGCAUCGUUUAAAUUAUGCAUACUUCUACACUUGUGAAAAGCUGUAAGAAGUAGUAUAUAUGUGUUUCACUGUAAAAUAGAUCGGAAAUUUGAUUAAGACAAGGAAGUACUACUUAAAAAGUUUAGAUACGUCUUCUUAACCAAAAAGACUGGUUUUGUUUUAUGUUAUUAAUGCAAAUCUGAAAUUCAUUGACUCACUUGUUAUUGAAAAAAAAUAGAAACAAUGGUUUAAAGCUUUGAAAAUUUGUUAUUUAAUCUCAAGGAAAUUUAUCUAAAUUGUGAUGUUUGGACACUCGAAAUUAUACAAUCAAUGAUUUUUGGUUUGAAAGGAAGUGGAUUUAUAUUUUAGCAGUGAAUACGGUGUUUUUUUUAGUGAAUUAGACUGGAAUACUUCUGAAAAUUUUACAUAGGGCGAAAAAAUUUAAAUAUACCAAAUUUGGUAAUAAACGUUUGAAAAAAGUUGCUCACUUUUACAGGUCGAACAUCACAAAAUGUUUACUAGGUACUACACAGGUCUGGUGUUUCCCUCUGUGAGUGAUAUUUCUGAAACAAACAAAUAUUCUUGGAUACAUACCUGGCAAAGGGGUGUUUAGUCCAUUUCAAAUUCACAAUGAAUUUGUAGCUUUUAACUUAUGUUAUAUUAGGAGUAAAAAUGCAUUUUUGAGGUGAAUCAAAACACUUUAUGGUGAUACUAACACUAGUUAAAACUGUCGUACAAACAGAAACUGUAGAAUCUAGUGGGAAGAUUUUCCUUUGAAACUAUAUUGGAAUAAACUUGAAACAUGUUUCGUAGAUUUGCUGAUUGGAUUUUAGUUUUGUUUCGUGGCAAAGAGGCUGGCGAAGGUAUACUAACAUUUUUAGCUCGACUAUUCGAAGAAUAGUCUAGCUAUUCUACUCACCCUGGCGUCUGCAUCGGCGUCGGCGUCUGCGUCACACCUUGGUUAAGUUUUUGCAUGCAAGUACAUACAGCCAUCAUUUAAAGGCAUAUAGCUUUGAAACUUAUUUAUUCAUUUUCUAGGUCAAUUACCAACCUCAAUGGGUCAAGUUCCAUAACUCUGACAUGUAUUUUGAGCAAAUUAUGCCCCCUUUUGGACUUAGAAAAUUCUGGUUAAAGUUUUACAUGCAAGUUACUAUCUCCAAAACUAAUGCAGAUAUUGAGUUGAAACUUCACAUGUGUCUUCGGGGUUAUAAAACUAGUUGAUAUCAGCAAGUCCCAUAACUCUGACCUCCAUUUUGGCCAAAUUAUGCCCCCUUUUGGACUUAGAAAAUUCUGGUUAUGUUUUUGCAUGCGAGUACAUACAGCCAUCAUUUAAAGGCAUAUAGCUUUGAAACUUAUUUAUUCUUUUUCUAUGUCAAAUACCAACCUCACUGGGUCAAGUUCCAUAACUCUGACAUGUAUUUUGAGCAAAUUAUGCCCCCUUUUGGACUUAGAAAAUUCUGGUUAAAGUUUUACAUGCAAGUUACUAUCUCCAAAACUAAUGCAGAUAUUGAAUUGAAACUUCACAUGUGUCUUUGGGGUUAUAAAACUAGUUGAUAGCAGCAAGUCCCAUUACUCUGACCUUCAUUUUGGCCAAAUUAUGCCCCCUUUUGGACUUAGAAAAUUCUGGUUAAAGUUUUGCGUGCAAGUACAUACAGCUGUUACUAAAAGGCAUAUAGAUUUGAAACUUAUUUAUUCUUUUUCUAGGUCAAUUACCAACCUCACUGGGUCAAGUCCCAUAACUCUGACAUGUAUUUUAAGCAAAUUAUGCCCCCUUUUGGACUUAGAAAAUUCUGGUUAAAGUUUUACAUGCAAGUUACUAUCUCCAAAACUAAUGCAGAUAUUGAAUUGAAACUCCACAUGUGUCUUCAGGGUUAUAAAACUAGUUGAUAGCAGCAAGUCUUAUAACUCUGAUAUGCAUUUUGGUCAAAUUAUGUCCCCUUUUGAACUUAAAACUCUUUUGAUAUUUAACAUUUUGGGUAAUAUUUUCCUGCUUCUGGGACAAUAUUUCGAAUAGUCGAGCUUGGCUAUCUUACGGACAGCUCUUGUUUACUGACUAAUUAAUAAGUAUUUGCUGAAUUUGUUUCUUUUAAUAAAUUGUAAAGAGUAGAAUAAAGAAUAGUAUGGAUGUUCAUAAUUCAGUUAACUUAAUUAAGUUUCACAAGAUAUGUUAUAGUGAUUCUCAGAGCCAGAGUGGUUCUUUUAUAACUUUGGAAUGUGCAGUUAAUAAUUUUUUAUUUCUAUGAAUCAAUUUAUUAUUUCCCUUUUAUUAAUUUGCUCGCCUUUCUGUGAUUUGAAUGAUCUUUGUUAACAUUUGCAUGGUCUACUUGAUUCACUCUGAAACAAUCUAGCUAUGUAAAAAUGUCUCUUUUUUUUGUUUUAAACUUUAAAUAUUUGUAAAGUUUGGUCAGGUG